CCCCUCCCCCGGAGCCCCGCAGCUUCGGCCGCACUCCCCUGCCGGAGUGUAGCGCGUCGGCGCCGCUGCCUCCCCGGCUCCUCGCUCUCGAGCCCUCUGCCGGGCGGAACCGAGCCCUCCGGGCGCCCGCUACCUUGCGGUCGGGCCGCCCUGCCCCCGCGGGCCCGCGCUCCUGCCUUCCCCUCAGCCGUUUUCUCCGGCCGCCGAGUCGCGGCGCGGGCGGGAGCCGCAGGAGGAGGAGCCGCAGCCGGGAGGCGGCGGCCUCGCGAGCCCAUGGCGUACAGUCAAGGAGGCGGCAAGAAGAAAGUGUGCUACUACUACGAUGGUGACAUUGGAAAUUAUUAUUAUGGACAGGGUCAUCCCAUGAAACCUCAUAGAAUUCGUAUGACUCAUAACUUGUUGCUAAAUUAUGGUUUGUACAGAAAAAUGGAAAUAUAUAGGCCUCAUAAAGCCACUGCUGAAGAAAUGACAAAAUAUCACAGUGACGAGUACAUUAAAUUUCUGCGGUCAAUAAGACCAGAUAACAUGUCUGAGUAUAGUAAGCAGAUGCAGAGAUUUAAUGUUGGAGAAGAUUGCCCAGUAUUUGAUGGACUCUUUGAGUUUUGUCAGCUCUCCACUGGUGGCUCAGUUGCUGGGGCUGUGAAGUUAAACCGGCAGCAAACUGAUAUGGCUGUUAACUGGGCUGGAGGAUUGCAUCAUGCCAAGAAAUCAGAAGCAUCGGGAUUCUGUUACGUUAAUGACAUUGUGCUUGCCAUCCUUGAGUUAUUAAAGUAUCAUCAGAGAGUCUUAUAUAUUGAUAUAGAUAUCCAUCAUGGUGAUGGUGUUGAGGAAGCUUUUUACACAACAGACCGGGUGAUGACAGUUUCAUUCCAUAAAUAUGGAGAAUACUUUCCUGGCACAGGAGACUUGAGGGAUAUUGGUGCUGGAAAGGGAAAAUACUAUGCUGUCAAUUUUCCCAUGAGAGACGGUAUAGAUGAUGAGUCAUAUGGGCAGAUAUUUAAGCCUAUAAUCUCAAAAGUGAUGGAGAUGUAUCAGCCUAGUGCCGUAGUAUUACAGUGUGGUGCAGAUUCAUUAUCUGGUGACAGGCUUGGUUGCUUCAAUUUAACUGUCAAAGGUCAUGCUAAAUGUGUGGAAGUUGUAAAAACUUUUAACUUGCCAUUACUGAUGCUUGGCGGAGGUGGCUACACAAUCCGUAAUGUUGCUCGGUGUUGGACGUAUGAGACUGCAGUUGCUCUUGAUUGUGAGAUUCCCAAUGAAUUGCCAUAUAAUGAUUACUUUGAGUAUUUUGGACCAGACUUCAAACUGCAUAUUAGUCCUUCAAACAUGACAAACCAGAACACUCCAGAAUAUAUGGAAAAGAUAAAACAGCGUUUAUUUGAAAAUCUGCGUAUGUUGCCACAUGCACCUGGUGUCCAAAUGCAAGCUAUUCCAGAAGACGCUGUUCAUGAAGACAGUGGAGAUGAGGAUGGAGAAGACCCAGACAAGAGAAUUUCUAUUCGAGCGUCAGACAAACGGAUAGCUUGUGACGAAGAAUUCUCAGAUUCCGAGGAUGAAGGGGAAGGAGGUCGUAGAAAUGUGGCUGAUCAUAAGAAAGGAGCAAAGAAAGCAAGGAUUGAAGAAGACAAGAAGGAGACAGAGGACAAGAAAACAGAUGUUAAGGAAGAAGAUAAAUCCAAGGACAAUAGCGGUGAAAAAACAGAUACCAAAGGAGCCAAGUCAGAACAACUCAGCAACCCUUGAAUUCAGCCCUUUUUCCAGCUUUAGGAAACCAUUUUAAAAGUGAGAAAAUACUGAUACGAGCAAUGUUUUCUGUUUGAAGACUUUCAGCUUUGUUUUAUACUACUUUGGCAUGGACUGUAUUUAUUUUCAAAAUGGCUUUUUUUGUUUUUGUUUUUCUUGGCAAAUUUUAUUGUGAAUUCUUCUAAUUAUGAAGCAAAAUUUCUUUUUUCCACCAUGCUUUAUGUGAUUGUAUUUAAAUUGAUGUGUUAUUAUGUCAAAAACUGAUCUAUUAAAGAAGUACUUGGCCUUUCUGAGCUGA